AUGUUUAUAUCCGGUGGUGCAGCUGUGGGAAAGUCUCAUUUGAUAAAAACCAUCGAAUUGGCCGUUCCUCAUUAUUUGGACAAAUUGUCCAAGGCCGCUUGUUUCCAUAAAAAAUCAUCGUCCUCGACAGCAGCUGCUUCAUCAUUGUUAGGAGGACAACAACAACAGCCGCCGACUAUCGUUCCUUCUCACGAUAACGUCGGUAAAUAUAUACAAUUACCACCCGUCGGUGACGGUUUUAUUUUCAACAAGCCAAAUUUCCGAGUAACUCAUGCGAACAUCGUCGGUAAGGAGGGUUGGCUGUGGCAACUGUUCAAGUACUUUGAAUUGGUGGAAGUGAUACGACAAAAAGACGACGUGCCAUUUGCCAAGGCUCUCAACAAUCUGGCCGAAUACAGAAUGUCGGCCGAGGAUAUUAGUCUGUCGAGGGAUUUUACGGCCAUACAACAGGCAACGUCGUCAACCGUUGUCGCACCACCGCAACAAAACUCCUCAUCAUCUAUCAUACCUCGAGACGCCAUCCGCCUAUUCAGAACCAAUGCCAGCGUACAGUCACAACGAUGCCGUAUGGGCCACGUUCCAGGACGAUGUCGCCGUUUCCGUAGCCGUUGA